AUGGACCAUUUGCCUGCUGUCAGUCGACGUUCUGAAGCCAUUCCCUACCUGGGCAAGGAAGGCUACGAGUACAGCCACGAAGGCUUUUAUUUAUUCCCCGAUAAACACGGACAAAGUAUUCGUGCGCUGUUACGCGGCGACGCUCCUCGCCUCCUUUCACAACGAGCGCGAGAGUCUUUUUUUCAGGCUUGGCUUUAUUUUGGUUUACUCGAUGAAUUUGCCAAGAUAGACGGAGGAGUCUGUGUUGAGAACUUUUAUGAUAAUGAUGAGUUAUCAGGAGCGAUUUUCCACACAACAUCACUUCUCGAGUAUCUACAAGACUGGUUGCACGGUACCAAAUACUUGCAAGAGUCGGUAGCAAGGCCGCGACAAAUGAGAGCCGCCAUUGUUUUGAAAGAUGCGAGAAUGAUCAUAUGUGAGCGCAUUGCCAACGCUGCUCCUGGAUCUGGAUGGUGGAUUAAUCCAUUGUUGGCAACAUCGUUUAUGAUCCUAGGAGAAACGUUAUCGUGGGCAUUGCAGCAGCUCGAGAUUUCUGUUGGUGGUGCCCCUAUAAUUGGCUGGACGGGCCAUUUCGAUAAUGGCGGCUGGGGUCCAAGUUCGUUCGUGUUAGCACGCCUCCGCGAACAAGGAUGGUGCCCCUAUUCUAUAUCCAUGCUACGGGGAAUGCUGAAAGACAAUGUCUCUGGUCUAUAUUAUGCAACCACGUAUCCCACCUCUCCUGACCAGAGGCUGGGCUUAGACCAUAGCCACUGCACUGACAAGUUUUGCUCAGCAAGGAUCCCAUCAGCAGGCGCGUAUCGGAUGAGGCAUGUUACGACAGACUGUACAUGUUCUUUUAUUGAGCCAGACGUUACCGAUGUUGUGCGUGUCCUUGACUCUGACCAAAUUCCGGUUUUGUGCUACAUGGGCUCUUUUGAGUCUGGAACUGCAAGGCUUCAAGUUCAGCCGUUCAAGCAGGGGAUGAAGUACAUCGUUGUCAGCCACGUUUGGGCUGACGGACUUGGAAAUCCGGACGGAAAUGGAAUGGUGACCUGCCAGAUCCAACGACUCACUCAACUAGCAGGCGAGCUCUUACAGAUGGCGCAUAGUACCGUUUUUUUCUGGAUUGAUACUUUGCUUAUACCAGUCGGUCCACAUCUCAAAGAGGCGCGCAAGAGGGCAAUACGAAAAAUGCACGAAGUUUACAGCAGAGCAUAUAAAACGAUUGUGCUAGACGGCGAUUUGAUGGAGCACCGUGUGGGCCAAGACUACGUUGAAACAGCCAUGCGAAUCACCAUCAGCGGGUGGAUGCAGCGUCUAUGGACCUUGCAGGAAGGAGUAAUGAGUAGAUCCAUAUAUUUCUUAUUUCAAAACGGACUUCAAGACAUCGAGGACCUAGAUAUCAAUUAUCCUACCGCUGCGGCCAGAUCGAGCGUGGCGGGKGCUGCACGAGCAUUUUACAGCAAUCUACUCCGCCCACAUAAUCUUGUUGAUCAUGUCGACACAAAACGCAUCGGUGCAAUGUGGAAAGCAAUGCAGUGGCGCCAAACGUCGAAACCCAGCGACGAAACAAUGGCAAUUGCCAGGAUUUUGGAUGUCGACCCCAUGGAGCUCGUCGAUCGCAACGACGAAGAGAAAAUGACAGUUUUACUGCGAUGUUUGCCCGAGAUUCCCCCGGCGUUUAUUUUCCUUCCAGGAAAGAGACUAAACAUCAAGGGCUUCCGGUGGGCCCCAGCGACGUGGAUGGGUGGUUGGAAAAUUGACUUUCCAGACCCUCUUGGUCUUUCAAGCAAGCCGAUGAUAUUCCCGCGAGGAUAUGAUAUCGUACACGCACCGAGUGUCUUGACCGAAGGUGGAUUUAUGGUUCGAUAUCCAGGCUAUCGCCUUCAGACAACCAGCUUAAUAGGCGCUACUGAAUCUUUCAGAGAUGAUCCUAUUUCCACAUCCAGGUUAUGCAGCUUUCGCAGCUUCGUAUUUCCGUCAAGUGAUUCUCUGCAUGAAUGGUAUCAAGUUACCCCUGUAUCCAGCAAUGAAGCUGAAGAUUACUUCCACAAACUCAACAAUCGUCUGAUGGACGAAUGUCUUGAUCUGCUUGAAGAUUUCCCCCAUUUCUCAAAUGGUAGAACCAAGCUUGAAAAGGCGCGGGACCUGGGGGAUCAUUCCCUGGACACGGUAGGGCUAGCGAUCAUACUUUGUAGGCCAAAUCCAGGUGUAACUCCGGAAAUUGCGCUCCUGGUUGAAACAGAUAAGCUUCCAGACCCCCUUGGCAAGCUGGGGCCAAAGGAGGUCGCUUCGCAAAACACUGCGAUAAAGUGUAGUUCAGUAAUGCGGGUGUGGAUCAGAUUGUUAACACAUCAAGACCAUGCACAACUUGAUCAGUUAAAAGAAGCGUUCAGAGUAACUCCCCGUGAAGUUCCAUUUUUGGGCGAGGAAAUAAAAGAAGACCAGCUCUGGGUUAUCGAUUAG